AUGGCACUGGAAGAGUCAACGAGUAACUCCAAUUUCAAAGAGAUGAUGGAUGAAGGUGAGCUUGAGAAGCAGAUGAGCCAGACGGUUGAUCAUUCGAAUACUUCAAACUCAGAUGAAGCUGUUCUGACGAGACUUGCAAGUUUUUCCAAACAAAUGUCUCACAAGCUGAGCCGGUCACAAACCGGCACGUUUGCUAUUGACCCUAACGAUUUCGAGCUGCAACGGGUGUUGCAGACUUUUGUUAGGAGGGCAGAUUCAAAUGGUAUAGAGUUAAAAUCUCUAGGAGUUGAAAUGGAUGAUGUGACAGUUUUUGGAGUAGAUGAGACUGCUUCGUAUGCUUCGACCGUUGGCGAAGUAUUGACUGCUCCCUUCAGGGUUGGCGAGAUCUUUAAAAGGAUCUCCGGUAGGAAGGCGGAUCCGAACUCAGGAUUAAGAAAGGUGAAUAAGGAUAUAAACGUUGUGUGUGCUCCAGGUGAAAUGGUAUUAGUGCUUGGAAGACCUGGGGCUGGAUGUUCUACCAUGCUGAAGACAGUUGCUGGUGAAUUGGAAGAGUAUGUCAAACAGGAAGGUUCAAUAACCUACGACAAUAACCCCCAGGCUCAAGUUCUUAAGAUGUGCAAGAAAGAGAUUGUCUACAAUCCAGAGCUGGACGUUCAUUUCCCCCAUCUUACGGUAGAUCAAACCUUGAAAUUUGCCAUUGAGUGUCGGUGUCCUGAGUUUGACUUCCCCGGAUACUCCAAGAAGAAGUACAUUGAGAUUUUCAGGGACAUUUUGUGUACCGUUUACGGACUUACCCAUGCAAAGAACACAAAAGUCGGAAACGACUACGUCUCUGGAAUUUCUGGUGGUGAGCGCAAGAGAGUUUCGAUCGCAGAGGCAAUGGCCGCUAAACCUGCUGUUCUUUGCUUUGACAAUGCAACGAGAGGUCUUGAUGCUUCUACGGCCCUAGAGUUCACUGAGGCUCUCAGAACAUCAACCAAUAUCAUGAAAAUGUCUUCCUUUGUGACCGUAUAUCAGGCUUCUCAGAAAAUUUAUGACGAGUUUGAUAAAGUCGUGGUUCUGUAUUUGGGAAGACAGGUGUAUUACGGCAAGGUUGAAGAGGCCAAGGCCUACUUCGAAACCAUGGGUUAUGUUUGUCCCGAAAGACAGAGCACAGCAGAAUUUCUGACUGCUGUUACUGAUCCUCUUGGAAGAUAUGUUAAACCAGGUUUGGAGGGAAAGAUUCCACACACAGCAGACGAAUUUGAGGCCUAUUGGAGAUCAUCAGCGGAGUUCAGUGCCCUGAAACGCGAAAUCGCAGACAGAAGAGCUGUGGUAGACUCCGAAAAGAGCUUAAAGGUAGUAAAGGCAGCUCACCUUCAGGAGAAGGAGAAACUGGCUAGGUUGAACUCGAGAUACACCGUUAGUUAUCUCACCCAACUGAAACUCUGUACAAUCAGAGGUUUCCAAAGAAACAUCGGAGACAAAAGUUAUACGUUGACCACCAUCUUUGCUGGCACUUUCCAGGCCUUUAUCAUGGGAUCUCUUUACUGGAAUAUUCCUCAAUCCACCGAAGGUGCUUUUUCCAGAUCAGGUACCGUUUUCUUUGCUUUGCUGUUUUUCGCAUUGAUCAGUAUCUCAGAGGUCUCAGUUUCUUUUGAGAAAAGACCUAUUUUGACUAAACAAAAAGGUUACUCCUUCUACCAUCCAUCAGCUGAAGUCAUUGCAUAUGUAUUCAACGACAUGCCCAUCAAGUUCUUGUCGUCUGUACUGUUUGGAGUGAUAUUGUACUUUUUGGCUGGCCUGAAACCUGAUGCCGGUGCAUUCUUCACAUUUUUGUUGUUUCUUAACCUAGCGUCGUUGGCUGAAAGCAACCUGUUUCAGACGGUUGCCUCCCUUUCACCUAAUGCCCCCGCUGCCAAUGCCAUUUCCGGUAUUUUGUUGCUUGCUACGGCAGUCUACACUUCAUACAUGGUCCAGAGACCCUCGAUGCAUCCGUGGUUCAAGUGGAUUUCGUACAUUAAUCCAUUGCUCUACUGUUUUGAAGCGUUGAUCACAACAGAAUUUCAUGGAAGGGAAAUGGAGUGCUCAUCUCUGGCUCCAAGUGGACCGGGUUACUUGAACGUACCAGAAGGAACUCAGGCAUGUGCCUUUGCUGGCUCCGUUGCUGGUCAGUCCUGGGUAUCUGGAGAUGCUUAUUUGAGAGUAUCUUUCCAGUAUGAGUUUAGCCAUGUCUGGAGAAAUUUUGGCAUCGUGUUGGGUUUCAUUGUCUUCUUCAUUGCUGUUAACUGCUUUGCUGUUGAACUGCUCAAACAAAGCAAAGGGACUGGCGAUCAUCUGAUGUUCUUGAGAAGCAAAACACGCGGUGACAUCCACGAUGUUGUUGCUGCCACCAAGGAGAGCAAACAUGUUUUGGUUGCCGAUGUGGAAACUCAGGGUUUGUCUCAAGGAUCUGUGGCUGAUGAGCUUGAACGUUAUUCUCGAGUCUCUGGUGAUAAGGAAGCAAAGGAGACUGCUAAUCAUUUGGGCAGUCAGGAGGUGUUCAUGUGGCAAAACCUCAAUUAUACCAUUCCUGAUCGGGGAUCUACUCGUCAGCUUCUUCGCGACAUUCAGGGCUUCUGUAAACCGGGCACUCUGACUGCUCUGAUGGGUGAGUCUGGUGCCGGUAAGACCACCCUGCUCAAUGUUUUGUCAAGAAGAGUGGACAUGGGUGUUAUUACUGGUGAUAUGUUGGUUGACGGGAAACCGAUUGACCAGUCUUUUGAGCGUCGUACCGGUUACGUUCAGCAGCAGGAUUUACAUAUUAGCCAAUUGACUGUGCGCGAAUCACUUCAGUUUGCUGCUCGUCUAAGAAGGCCUGUUUCUGUUCCCGAGCACGAGAAAAUGGAGUAUGUGGAAAAGAUACUUCAAAUCUUGGAGAUGGAACCUUAUGCGGAUGCAAUAGUGGGCAGCCCCGGAAACGGGCUGAAUGUGGAACAACGUAAGAAGCUAUCAGUUGGUGUGGAACUUGUAGCCAAGCCUUCUCUGUUGCUUUUUCUGGAUGAACCGACUUCAGGUCUGGAUUCCCAGUCUGCAUGGGCUAUUAUACAAGUUGUGAGAGGUUUGGCUAAUGCCGGUCAAGCCAUCUUAUGUACUAUUCACCAACCUUCUGCUACUCUGAUGGAAGAGUUCGACAGACUAUUGUUGCUGAGAAAAGGCGGCGAGACAGUAUAUUUUGGGGACAUUGGGGAAAAUUCCAGGAUCAUGCUGGACUACUUCGAAAGUAGAGGAGCCCGACUUUGCGAACCCCAUGAGAAUCCUGCUGAGUAUAUAUUGGAUGUCAUUGGAGCAGGAGCAACUGCCAACAGUGUCGAUGAUUGGCACGAGAAAUGGAUCACAUCUCCGGAAUUUGCGAACGUAACCAAAGAAAUUGAGGACUUGAUCCGCGAAACUGCAAAGAAACCGGUGAAUUUUACUGAAGAGAGUCUGAAGGAUACGUUUGCAACUCCAUACAUACACCAGCUCAAAACCGUGUUAUGGAGGACCAAUAUCCAAUUCUGGAGAGAUACUGAUUACUUCGUGGGUAAAAUUAGUUUGGUCAUUAUAGCUGGUCUCUUUGUGGGGUUUACCUUUUGGGAUAUCAAACAUUCAAUUGUGGGAAUGCAGAACACAUUGUUUGCGUCUUUCCUUUGUCUGAUUCUGUCAUCGCCCCUCACUGCUCAGAUACAGGAUAAGGCUAUUGAGAGCAAAGAGGUUUAUGAAGUCAGAGAGUCAAAAUCAAACACGUUCCAUUGGUCUGUGCUUCUGUUCAGCGAGCUAUUGGUUGAGAUUCCAUACAGCAUCAUUGCUUCAACGUUGUUUUACAUUUGCUUCUAUUUUCCAUUGAAAACUGUGUCGACAGCACCUGAAGCAGCUGGAUUUUUCUGGUUCACGUAUUGUGUGUUCUUCCAGCUUUACUACAUCACGUUAGCCUUGUGCAUCGUUUACUUUGCCCCAGAUCUACCAAGUGCGGGACUAUUAUUCGGCCUAUUUUUCUCGUUUAUUUUGUCCUUCUGCAAUGUCGUUCAGCCAUCAUCGUUAGCUCCUGGGUUUUGGAAGUUCAUGUUUGAUCUUUCGCCGUUCACAUAUUUUGUGCAAAACUUUCUUGGAGUGGUGCUCCACGAGCGCGAAGUUCACUGCAAACCAUCUGAGCUAGCAUAUUUCAAUCCACCGGAUGGGGAAACAUGCCAGGAAUGGGCAGCAGACUUCCUGCGUACCGUUCCUGGAUACCUAAUCAACGGAAAUGAAACACAGGACUGUGGCUACUGUCAGUACUCCGUUGGGGAUGAUUACUUGCAAAAACUCGGUGUCAGAUACUCAAAUAGAUGGAGAAACGUUGGGUUUUUCUGCUGCUACAUAUUCUUCAACCUAUUUGCCAUGUAUAUUAUGUACUGGUAUUUCCGGGUGCAGAAGACGUCGUUGAUUGAAUGGAUCAGAAAUAAGACGGAUCAGAGAAAGGCUAGACAGACGUCUAGAGAAUAG